UGUUAGAGUCACGUGGGAAUCGCGUGCAGGGUGCGCGCACGCGCCGUUCGUGAGUGCGUGGACGCGCCGCAAGGCAAAGGCAUCCAUCUCUCCUCGUGUGGUGGACCUGAGCACUUGACGCUUUUUGAUACCCUUGCCUUUCAUCAUCCGCAUUGGCUGUCGGCGCCAAUGACUUGCCAAAAUCUCUCAUUUGACUCGAAGUCGAGGUUCACAUACAGGACGAACCACUCGAGGACCUUUCAGCAAAAGCUUGACGCCUCACGAUGUCCUCAUCGCCGACCAAAAGGCCACGCCUAGACCCGCAGGACAGCCAAUCCGCGCGGGUUGCUGGUUCGCGUGGCGAUGCGGCAGCGCAAUUACGAAGGGGUCAAGAUGCUAGACGAAGCUCUCCUUCUGCUUCUGCCUCGCCUGGAUCUGCUCAGAUGAGAAAGAGCAAGCCGCCGCAGAUGAGAUCGCCGAGGAGCAGCAUGUCUCCAAGACCUGCCACUUUCGAUACGAGCUUGAGCGGGAUGGAGGAGGACACUAGUUGGGCUACGCUGGAUAAGCUGCUCUUGGAUCGCACACUGCACCUGCACUCCCACUCUUCCCUGCACUUGCCCACCAUCAGCUCCACCUCGGGUGGCAAUUCCGCCUCGACGGGCCCAACAGCACGACGCAGCGUAGAUGUAGCGCCAACACGAGAUCAAUUCGGACUGAUCCGAACCGCAUGUCUGGAAUACCUUUCUCCUCGUCUCGCUUCCCUCUCCGCUUCCAUGCCUGGCCCCAUCAUCUCGCCACCUCGAGUGCGAGUAGCAACGCUACCUUCACUCGGAACGACGGCGUGGGUGCUGGAGGUUUCGGUAAGAGCUCAAGCUUUGCCGCUGCCCGGCGCACCGGUAGAAGUUGCGAGAUCAGCAGUCAAGACGACGCUCAAUGCUUGCGUCGUCUUUCUUCCUCACGUGCUCAUUGCCAGGGGCGUCAAAGGAGGUACGACGGGCGUGGCUGCUGCUCUGCUUCCCUUGCUGCUCAGCUUCUCUCAAGAGUAUCUCGAUACGCACCUCUCGUCCGCCAUGGCUUCCCGAGCUCUCAGAGGAUUGGCACUGGAAGAGAUUCUGGAAGUGCUGUGGAAGUCGAACAAUAGCGCACGAGGCUCGCAAGCUGAAGCGAGUAUUGAAGUCACUUGGAACAUUGGCGCUCUGGUGGACGACGUGGAGGAUGAAAAGUUGGCGGAGAAUUUGACGUUGGCUGUUCCUUGGAGCAUCGUCAGUCAAGCUUGCGGGGGUGCUGGCAAUGCGCCACUGCAUCCCUGGUUGGGCCUCUAUCUCUCAUCGCACACCUCACUGCUACCUCCCUCUCGCAUCCUGACGCGCAUAGGUCUGGCAGGUGUGCACGUAGGCGUCUCUUCGACGGGCGUGCGAAUCAAGAUGGGCUCGGGCAAGGGCGAGGAUACGAGCAAGGCGAAAAAGGUGCUGAGCUGGUGCGAUAGGCGCAUUGCUGAAAUGCAACGAUGAGCCAUGAGCUAGGCCGCGGAACACACAGCGCUGUGGUGCAUACCCAACCACCAACGGGAGCGGCGAGCUCCAUCGAUGCAUGUCCUCUUCCAUCCUCGACAUGCCCAUCAGCGUCUGUGUCAAAGCGCAUACACGCUUCCAUUCUUGUGCUUCCUCCUUGUUGUACCAACAUACGGUCGGUCCGAUAGAUGCCGCUCAAUCAACAUUUCUCCAAGGGGGGCAAGCUCUGCGAUGCUCCUUUGAGCUGACAGCUCGAGUAGCGGCGCGUCAAACGGGG